GUUCAAUACAUUAGACGAAGCCUUUCUCCUCUUGCUUAGCGUUCAAUCAACAACACAUGCUUUUACAAGGGAGCGCCCGCUGGGCGAGAGCCGAUUGUCGUGUACCAUUCUAGCAGGUUUUACAGCAAAUGUCAAGGAUCACUGAUGCUCAGGGGGCGAGAGCGGUAUGGUAAAGCCAGGGGCCGGGGCAACCCGCGGCUAUCGCGUGUGGGACGCUGCAGCGGAGGACGCCCUGAAAGCCGGAGUCCGUAAACAUGGCCUUGGAGCGUGGGAGCACAUCCGCAAGGACCCCCAGUUCGCGAUUCUCAGCGACCGGACCGGCGUGCAGCUGAAGGACAAAUGGAGAAACCUUGUCAAAUUCAGGCACAUAGAUCCGGACGAGCAGCGGACCUACAAGCCCAAGACCCAGGGGCCCUGGUCCAAAAAGUAUAAGCGAGACCGGUCGCUCGGUGCCUCGGGCACUGCCUCACCGGCAAGCGGCGAUGGCGGGGGCGUCUCUGAGGAUGAGGACGGCAUGCAACUCGCGCUGCCGGGCCUCACACACCAGGCGAGCGGCGCCCUGCCGGACGGGGCGGCGCUGGUGCUGACGGCAGCGGCUGGGGUGUUGGAGGAGCAGCAGGAGCAGCAACAGCAGCAGCAACAACAACAACAACAACAACAGCGCCAGUCGGCGCGCACCAACGCCCAGAAGCGGAAAGCCAUCACGGACCUGGCGCUGUUGCUUGAGGGACCCGACGGCGCCGAUAACGGCGAGGGCGGCGAGGCGGGCGGAGCCGGCAGCGGCGACGAUGGCGACGGCGGCGACAGCCGCGGCCGGCCGCGCAUGCUACUUGGCGGCGGCGGCAGCCGCGUUUUGUCAGCCCGGCAGAAGAAGCUGCAAGAGGACCGGCGAUUUGGCAUCUACGACCGCCGGCGCUACGGCUUUGCGGAGGACGGCACACGGCUGGAGGGCAGCGCGGGAGACGACUUGAGCGACCUGGAGGAUGGCGGGUUGGACGGGGCGCCGGCAGGAGCAGCCGGCGUGCCGGGUUUUGGAGGACGCGGCGGAGGCGUCAGCUCGCGGCCGCGACGGCGAGCAGCCGGUGCGACGUCGCGGCGCGCGCGGCGGGGGUCAGACGACGAAGAGGAGGAAGUGGACCCGGAGGAUGACGAGGAGCUCGAGGGGGAGGGCAGCGAGGAGGGCGGCGGCGGCGGCGCGGGGGAGCAGUACACCAUCGCGUGCCCCUGCGGCGUGACACACGACGACGGCGAGAUGAUGAUAGAGUGCGAGUCCUGCGCUGCCUGGGCGCACGUCAGCUGCCUCAAGCGCCAAAUGGAGACCGAGCCGGAACGCUACACGUACGAUUUCGACACGUACGUGUGCAUCAACUGCACCAGCUCGCAGCCGCUGCAGGGGCCGGGGCAGGGCCGCGGCGCGGCGACCACGGCGCGAGGGAGAACGCGGCGAGGCGGCGCGGGGGCGGAGGCACGCAACGGAACGGCGGCGGCGGCGGCGGUGGCGGCGGGCGAGGCCAGCGGCGAGCAGGACACGGCGAGCGAGGACAGUCAGCGAAAGGCCUCGGAGCUCUCUAACAUCCUUCUGGGGCUGGCGAACGGCCGCAUGGGCAGCAGCUCUGGCGGCGGCGGCGGCGCGGGACCCGGCGGCAGCCGCCGCGCAGGCGCGCCCUCCAAACUGGGCCCGUUCGGUCGGAACAGCAUGGGUAGCAGUGGCGGCGGCGGCGGUGGCGGUGGUGGCGGCAGUAACGCCGCCGCCGCUGCGGCAGGGCAGAUGCCGUCGCCUUCCGGUAACGUGGCCGGGCGCGGCGGCGGCGGCGGCAUUGCCCACGGGAACGGUUUGGGGCGCGCGGCGUCACUGGGGCGCACCAGCAGCACCGGGUUGCGUGACGGCGCGGGUGGCGGCAGGGGCGGCGGCGGCGCUGGCGGCGGCGGCGGCUUGGGGGUCAUGGAUGCGGGCGGCAAGCGGCCGCUUGUGACGGUGUCGGUGUCGGCUGUGCCGGGCCCCGCCAGCAGCAGCGGCAGCCGGGGGCGCCUGGAUGGCGCCGCCUCUCCGCCGCCACUGGUGGACGGCAUCCCGCUCUUCCAGGCGCCCGGCUCCAGCCUGGGCGGCGCACAGCAGCUGGGCGGGCUAGGCGGCGGCAGCGGUGGCGGCGUGCCCGGCGUGGGGCCGGGGGGCACCAAGAUCUUCAAGCCCAUUCCCAAGCUGGCGACCGCCGUAUCGACCUCGCCGGGGCCCGGGCAGCAGGCGCCGCACAUGCUGGUGGCGGGGGGCGGCGGCGCGGGGUCGGGCCUGGGAGCGGGGCCGGGAGGGCAGCCGGCGCAGCUGUCGGCACCCAAGGCCCGGCCGCACCCGGCGCUGCACCACAGCACCAGCGCCCAGAACAUGCAGCGCAUGUUGGAGGCCGCCAACCCGCUGGGAGGAGCCGGCGGCGGCGGGAUGGGGGGCGGGAUCGGGGGAGGGCUGGUGGGCGGCAUUGGGGGGCUAGGGGGCCUGGGAGGACUUGGGUUGGGCGCCGGCGGCGUGCCUCAGCGUGGCGUGCCGUUGGCUUCCGUGCUGGACGCUGCCGGGCCGCUGUCGGUCGCCGCAGCCAACCUGUGCGCCGCGUCGGGGCGCAGCAAGGCGGCGGCGGCAGCCGCCGCCGCCGCCGCCGCGGCUGGCGGCGCCGCCAGCGCCGGCGGCGGCGGUCCCGCCGCCUCUGACGGCGUCGCCAGCACCGGCGACGCGGCGGGCGGCGGCGGGGGUCUGCCGCCGCGGCCGCCAUCGCGGCCGCCGUCGUCCAUGGCUCGUGAGGUGGCGAACCGGAUCUUUGGCGAGAGCGACGACGACGACCCUGGGGCGGCGGCGCUGCUGCGGCCGCUGUCCGCACUGCGUGGCACUGUGGGCGGCUGUGACCCCUGGUUCCUCAUGCCGCCUAGCCUCAGCCGUGCUGCCACGCCCUCCGCCUUCAUCGACACCCUGCUCCGAGCCACGCCCGACAUCAUGCCGCUAUCCGCCGCCGCCGCCGCGGCCGCCGCCGCCGGCAGCUCACCGCCGCCGCACCUGGCGGCGGCGCUGGCGGCGGCCCGCUCCGGAUCCCCCGGUGCCGCCUACCUCCCAGCCCUCCUGGCACAGCAGCAGCAACACCACCUCGCCAUGGCGCAAUUCCUGCAACAGACGGCGGCACCGAGCCCCGCGCCCGGCGCCGGUGGCACGCCAGGCGCUGGCGGCCUGGCCGGUGUUUUGCUUCCGCCGCCGCCGCUGGUGCGGCCGAGCCCGCUGGGGCCGCCGCCGCCGCCGCCGCCGUUCUCGGCGGCGCCGGCGCUGGCGAUGCCCGGCGGCAUCGCCGGCGUGCCGCUGGGCUGGCCGCCGGGCGCGCCGCCGCCGCCGCCGCCACCGCCGCCGCUGCAUGCCAGCAACAGCGGCACCAACAUGCCCGAGGCUGUUCAGCUCCACCCCGUGCUGCGCAGUCUGCUGCUGUCCACGGCACAGCAGCAGGCGGCGGCGGUGCAGCAGCAGCAGCAGCAGGCGGCAGCGGCGGCAGCCACACACCCGCAGGGCCAAGGGCCGCCCGGGCAGCCGCCAGCGGGACCCGGGCAGCCGUCCGCGCCGGUGCCCACGCCGCCGGCGCAGCCAGGGCUGGCAGCUGGGAUGCCGGAUGGCGCCGCCGCCGCCGCCGCCGCCAGUGCUCCAGUUGGGGCAGCGGUGCCGCCAGCGGCUGGGACGCGGGACGCGCCGGGAUCCGGGGAAGCAGCAGCGAUGGCGGCUGCUGCGACGGCGGCCGUGGCGGCGGGUGGAAAGCUUGGCGGCAUGGAGGUGGCACCUCAGGCGGGGCCGGGCCCAGCCGUCAAGCAAGACCCCGAUGCGGCCGUGGCGGCUGCGCAGUCGCAGCUGCCGCCGCCGCUUGCGACGGAUCCUGCCGCAGCCGCCACAGCCGGCCUGCUUGCGAUGCCGCCGCCACUGCGCCAACCGGCAUCCGGCACGCCGCCGCUGCCGCAGGCGGGCAGCGUCACCAGCGCGCCAGCCGACGCGGCCGCAGCUGCAGCAGCCGGCCAGUCGUCUGUGGCGGCGGCGCCGCCAGCGAUACCGGGUCUGACGUCGAUCACCGCUGCGCAGUUGCCCAUCGGCCCAACGGCCAACAGCCUGGCGCAUCUCGCCGCGGCCGUUGGGCUACCGCCAGGGGCCGUUGGGCUACCGGGGCUCUUCAGCGGCGGCGGCGCGGCCGCGGACCCGCUCGCCGCGGCUGCGGCCGGCAACGGUGCCGCUGGCGCCGGCGCCGGUACCAACCCGCAGGCUGCAGCGGCGGCGGCGCAGGCGGCGGCGGCGGCGCAGGCGGCGAACAACCAGGUGGCUGCGUUGUUGGGUCUGGGCGCUGGGGUGCACCUGCAGCCGGUGCUGGACCACCUGCGGUCCUCCAGCCCCGACCCGUGGGGCAUAUUCCGAACCUCCACGCCCGGGCCCGAGGCACUGCUGCAGAGCUUCCUGCACCCUCCGCCCGGGCCCCUGCCCACAGACAUCAACUCACUGCCCUGGCUGGCUAAGAGCGCCACACCGCCCCUGUCAGUGGCCGAGUUGAUGGCGCACACGCAGGCAGCCGCGCCGCCCGAGAGCUGAGGACAGCUGCUGCUGCUGAAGCCCAGGCCUAGGUUGGUCCGUUGGUGCGCAGCGUCACUGGCGCAGCGGCUAAGAGGGCGGACGGGCGGCAGCGUGCCGGCCAGCGGGUGGCGUGUGGCGAGUGUGCGGCAGCAGCGGAAGCGCUCAGGAGCGCGCGGCCAGGCACUGCAGCGGCACUGUGGCGUCAAUAGACUCAAGGCCUUUAGGCCUUUUGUAGCAGUAGUAGCAGUACAACCAGUGACGGGACCCGACGUAGCAGGUGUUAAGACUUGGGCCGGACACACGAACAAUUCGGAGCUGCGCGAGGUGGCUGCGCAGCCGUCGUGGCUGGCCGGCGCCUGGGGCCUCGCUUCUCUUGCGGCAGGGAGUCCGUAUGUUCUCAGUUCAGGGGGUUAUGGGAUGUAUGUGCAGCUUUCCUGAACAACGACCGGGCCGGACCACACAGACUGGUGUCUUGCCAGAGUCCAUGGACACACAACGCAUGGCCGGGCUGUACGGCUUACGCUGCUAUGCGGGUGCGCAUGUAGCUCAAUUGUGGAGGACGAAACGAAGUUCCAGCAUGAGACGAGUCCAAGGGUGAGUUUCGGCCAGAGUACCAAAGAGGUGUGUAGGCACGCACGUGCAUCGCUUGUACGUGCGUGUGCGUAACGUGUGUGUUUGUGUCAACGGGCUUACACGUGACUGCAUGGGGUGCGCGACCGGCGGCAUGCGGAAACCGCGAGUAUUGGUUUGUUGAUUGUGUGACAUUCUCAGACAUUUUACUCCUUGGGCUGCUAUGCGUUUGCCGAGGUGGAACGGGCGAUGGAAAGGGGCGAUGCCAUCAUGCCACCGGCGUGUCGAGCCCCAGCUUUUGAAGAUAUUGACUUCUGACAAUCGACGGACGGUGCGGUUCUGACUGUAGAAGCAUUGAACGGGGCUUUGGGAUCUCGAGUUGGCGAAGAGUACGCAAGGGAAAUCAUUAUCGUUGCAAGGACGUGCAAGCGCCAUCUGCGGGACAGGAUACCUUGCGAGUGUCAGGACGUGGCGCGGUGCAGCCAAUGGUGGCGGAUUGCGAUGUGCUAGGGUGCAGCAGCAAGGCGGCUGCCGGCCCUGUGUGUGUAUGCUCGUUGAGGUGUGUGGAGGUGCAGCUGAGGUGCGGGAGAGAAAUGGCAGGUUCGCGCACGUGCAGGGUGCUGCGAGGCAACUGGCGUGUGCGUGUUGCACACACAGCGCCGCACACACCGUCCGGAGCGCAGCAGCCAGAGUGGCGAGGGUGGCGGGAGGACGACAAGACCCAACUCGUGAGCUCCAUUAGUCUGCAUAUAUGUCAUCAUGUUAUGGUAACAGUGUACGCGGUAUGGUGACCGGUGACGGAAUCCGACAAUGCUCGCAUCUUCAUUCGGCUGGCGAGCCACGACACAUGUGCGGGUCGCAGCCAGGGCCGUGAUGUGAGGAGCUAAAUGGGUUGAUCCUGUCUCGGCGCGAGCCCUCUUUCACCGUGCUGAGUGGUCGUCUGUUCUAGGCGCAAACCAGACACAUUGCUUCGGCAUGUGGGGACAGCGCUGCGUUGGCGAGAGCCACGGAUGGCUCUGAUACCGUGGGGGCAUGUCGCACCCGCGGAGGGCACUGUAUGGGUGGGCGGCUAUACCGGGCGCCUGCUGUUGAGCUGGUACCUAUCUACACACGUGGGCGGCCACGUGCACGUACCGUAGUCGCUAUUGCCACUCACGCUGUUUCAGUUACUGUGCCUGUGAAGCAUUGGAGGUAUCCUUGCAAGCCAGGGGGCACCUAGCCAAGCGGGCAACACGGCGCUGAUGAUGACCCCGCACGCAAGACACCGAUCCUCCCACUCGUAUAAUCUCCCACUGUGGUAGUAAAGAGCACUCGUGUAUGCAAGGGACCAGGGUGCCAGCACCCCUGCAAGGGUCGCCACACAUAGCCGGCCAGGAGCGCCCGCGGGCGGGCUUGCAGAACAGUCAAUCUAACACGCAGACACGCCCCGCACGACAUACCAAUGAUACCAUGUGAUGAUUCCAUGAUGAAUGAUGAUUGUCGUAACGACUCCAGCGCACUGCUCGUCUCCGCCCCACACUCCAACAAAGCAUAGAGAAAUCGAUUAGCUAGGUCGACCAGGGGGGGGGGGUAGAAUCUUCCGAAGCAGACCCCAUGCCUCAAAUGGAUAGAGCUCAACGAGAAAAUCACGAAUCCGCUUUCAAAAUUGAAAAUGGGUUUCUGGAUGCAAAGUUAUGGCCCCUCAAAGUUGUCGGUCGGUCGGUCGGUCUGGGGUCCCACGAAGUUUUGCACAGGUUCGUGCCAAGUUUUGUUCCUAGCGCUUCUGUCCUGCAACACGCGGCGCAAUGGGUGCAGCUCCACGAUGCGUGCGUAGGUAUACCCCAGGCUCAGCACACGUGCAUAGUUUGGGGCAGUUUGGGGAGCGGCAUGUCGGCAUCUCGGGAGAUGCCUGGGGAACUGGUCAGGGACAAGCCGGUGCCGGCCGGGUUUUGCAUGGUGAACGUGUCAGCACAUUUCACACUAUCAAGUAACAUCGGAAUAAGCCGUUGCAUAGCAGGCCAGUCUAUCAGGAUACUUGUCGGCAGACGGUUGGACAGGUCUACAUGUCCACAUGUCGGUCGGCCAAAGUGUGUUCCCAAGGCGGAUCAUUUUACAUAGCGAUA